AUGGUUACUGGCCGCGAGUCUGGACCGGAGUGGAUAGUGGACAUGAGUCGCGAUAUUGCGGGCGGUGCCGUAUUUCAGAUUGCACGGCCUGUUCGUGAGCAGAAUUCCACUUCGGAUCCCACGUGGACGGAUCGCGUUGUGGGAAUCUAUUGUGAAAAGAGACAGGUGGUUGAUGGCCCUGUCAGGCUGUCAUCGGUCAAGCCGGUGUUCGCUUUGAAAAGACUGAUUCCUCUGCACUCCGCCAUCGCCCCGCUUAGACUGAACAAGGCAGUUUGGAGCAUACACCACAUCUCACACGACAAGCCUCUCACCCACGGGUUACGAAAAUGUACCUGGAAGAUCGGAAUCACUGAAUCAGCACCAUGGUCCAGCCCCAACGAUCUGGCCGAACCGGUGCUUGAAAAACGACCACUCACCAAUGUAGGACUGAUAGCCGAGGAUAUGACUCGAGAUUCAAGCUGA